AUGGAGCAAGUCGAGAUCCAGACCUGGCCGGCCACCCUCUCCCUCGUAGGAGAGCCCGCGCCUACCAUGAAGGCCCUCCGCUUCCACGGCCAGAAGGACAUCCGUCUCGACGACGUCCCCAUCCCCACCGUCUCGGCCGGCAAGGUCAAGAUUGCCCCAAAGUUCUGUGGCAUCUGCGGAACCGACCUCCACGAGUACCUCGGCGGUGCCAACCUGAUCCCCAAGCCCGGCAAGCCUCAUCCCAUCACCAACGAGACCUACCCCAUCACCCUCGGCCACGAAUUCUCUGGUGUCGUUGAGGAGGUCGGCGAAGGCGUCACCCACGUCAAGAAGGGCGACCGCGUCUGCGUCCAGCCCAUCAUCUACGACGGCGACUGCCGCUCCUGCACCCGCGGCCUCGUCAACUGCUGCGACCGCAACGGCUUCAUCGGCCUCAGCGGCUGGGGCGGCGGCCUGGCCGAGUCCACCGUCGUCCCCCACACCGCCGUCAAGAAGCUCCCCGACAACGUCUCCUUCGAGGUCGGCGCCCUCGUCGAGCCCCUCGCCGUCGGCUGGCACGCCGUCGACAUCUCCCCCUUCCGCGAGGGCGACUCUGCCCUCGUCCUUGGCGGCGGCCCCAUCGGCCUCGCCGUCGUCCAGGUCCUCGCCGGCCGCGGCUGCAGCAACAUCAUCGUCAGCGAGGUCAGCAAGAAGCGCCGCGAGUUCGCCCUCGAGUUCGGCGCCCACAACGUCAUUGACCCGACGGCCGAGGACGUCGUCGAGCGCGUCAAGGCACUCACCGGCGGCCGCGGCGCCGACGUUGGCUUCGACGCCGCCGGUGUUCAGAUCGCUGUCGAUUCUGCCUUUGAGGCUCUCAAGGCCCGCGGCACCCUCGUCAACAUCGCCGUCUGGGACAAGAAGGCCGGCGUCGACAUGAACGAGCUCGUCUACCGUGAGCGCCACUACAUGGGCGCCGCCACUUUCAGCCUAGGCGACUUCGAGGCUGUGAUCCAGGCCAUCUCCGAGGGCAAGAUCAAGCCCGCCGGUAUGAUCACCAAGAAGAUCCAGCUUGACAAGGUUGAGGCUGAGGGAUUCAGCGCCCUGAUUCACGACAAGGAGAACCAAGUCAAGAUUCUGGUCGAUGUUGGCGCUGGCCUUGCUUGA